AUGGAGUUAUCGGAGAUAUCGAACACUGCGGGACGCAGGCCCAUUGGCGUAUACACCAAGACGGUUGUGCAAAGUUCGGCCAUUCGCUGGAUACUUCACGCUCGCAUUCGGCACCGGGGACGGAACGACGUUGUGUUCGUGGGAGAAGACUUCAUACAGGUGAAAGAGGUCGGCAAAGAGGGACACCUAGUGGACAUCGCGACAUGCGCAAAUUUCGAUGCACGAAUACGAGCUGCCACUACCUUUCACCAUACUGACGAUUCCACAGACGAGGAUUUUCUCGUCAAGCUUGAAAAGGAUGCGGCCUCGUUCAGAAGAGAUGCCGCGCCUCCCCAGAGCAUCGUGCUGACCUUGGACUCGAAUGACCUGGUGUUCGUGUUCCUCCGGCUCCACGGCGACGGAACUUUCCAUUUUGUGCAGCAAACUUGCCCGAUGCCAUCAUUCGAUCGCAUUCUGUUCCAGCCUGGCGAACACCUCGCUGUUGAUCCAUUCUCGCGUGCAAUUGCAGUCGCCGCGAAUGAGAAGGAGGUCCUCUUAUACGCUGCAAAGCCUAAAGAUCAAAUCCAGUAUGAGAUCAAACAGAAAGACAAGGACUGGUGCCCGGUGUCUGCACAGAAGUCUGUGAAAGUCGAUGGCGUUAUCCAGCACGUGGACUUCUUAACUCCUCCUGCCGAUGACACAGACCACAUCAUUCUGUUGCUCAUCGUUGUCGAUCAACACCGCACCAAGGCCAUUCGUAUUGACUGGCACUAUUCGACAGGGCCCCGACACGCCCAGGUGCAUCCUGGUCAAGCUCUCGAGUCUGCUCAACAGGUAUCGAAUUUGCUGAUCCCACUGCAAGAAGCAGCCUUUCUGCUGGUCACGGGCGACGAGAUCACCUUGUGGAAGAACAUCCUUUCUGGAUCCGCAACCGCUUUCGGUUUGCCUCAGCCGACAGCUAGUCCCAAAUAUCCUGGUAUUUCGGCAUGCGCCCCUGUGUGGGCCAGCUGGGCAAAGCCACGGCGAAGUCAAGCGGCGAGGUCAAGUAAGGACUUUAUCUAUCUUGUACGAGAAGACGGAUUGGUCUCGCUGAUAACCAUUCCCAACACCGCUCCCACCGGGCUCCAGCAGAGUGUCGCGGGUGAUCUAGACUGCCAUGUCGGCACAGCAUUCGCCUCACUUGGUGAUGAGGGAGAUCCUGAUAUCCUUUGUGUGGCUGGUAGUGCUAGCAGUGGCAAAGUGGUGUCCAUAGGUAACUGGCCUUCAGCUCUGACCAGGUCAGACGCCAUGAAUAUGGAAGUCAUCGAGGUCUUGCCUAAUUGGGCAUCAGCAACCGACAUGAUCUGCACUGAUAUGCUCCAUUCUAGUCGGUCACGAAACAAGGAUCAGGAAAGUGUUCUGGUGACUUCCGGUAAACAGCCUUUCGGCACUAUCACCGAGAUACGAAGAGGCGUAGAGGCCCGCCUAUCAGUAUUCUUGGAGCUGGAAGGUCUCCGAACUGUCACCGACGUAUGGGUGCUUCCAGAUCUUUCACUAGGAGCGACCGUCAUUGUUCUUUCCUGUCCCGACUCGACACGACUGUUGGCCGCCGGUGUAGACUUCGAAUCUCUCGAUGAAGUCGGGGACGGCUUGGCCUUUGACAGUCGCUGGAAGACGCUCGCGGCCGGCCUCACAAGCUCAGCUCAUCUCGUGCAGAUCACAGAGCGUACAAUUUGCGCUUCGACCGCACUACAAGCAAAUUUCGAGGACACUUCGAAGCAUAGCCUUCCAGAAGAUCAGGCAAUAGUGGCUUCCUGGAUCAUACCGAACGCUUCUGUGAUUGUCAAUGCAGAGCGUCAAGACAAUGGACACGCGAUCGUAUGCUAUCACAUAACGAACAAUGAUACAGACUCCACCAUUCAGCCAGGCCCAAGGUUACAUAUACCAUACGAGCCGCUCUCCAUCACCGCUGUCUGUCAUCAAAAGAGCGUUUUGACUCUGACCGCAACAAACGAUGGCAAGAUUGCCCUCGUACACUUCCGGCAAGACGGUGCACCUCUUUGCUAUGCAAAAGAGCUAUCGACUGCGUCACAUGAUAAUGCUAUCUGUGACAAUGUUGUCAUCCUGGAGGCGAAUGACCAGCUUCUUGCCGUAUGCGGACUCCGAGAUGGCAGAGUCAUUGGCAUUGAGAUUCAUCUCGACGCGGGAGAGCCGCUGGGUCAAGAGCACAGUAUAUCGCUAGGACACAGCACAGUAAAGCUGGUGCAUCUUGCGGCCUACAAGCAUUCAAGCAUCGCCAUGACUGCCUCAAGCACCUACCUCUUAUCAUGGUCCGGCGGCAGCGCAAGCUCGAUGGCGUGUGAGAACAUCUGGGUCACAGACAAGGCUCGUCCAGAGCUAUCACAAGGUCCUAUUGCGGCAUGCACGCAGAUGCCUUCAGCGAAUCACUUGUCCUCCGACACGCUCGCUGAUGCGCUCAUGAUGAUAUCUGGAGACGAGCUGCUCGUUGCUGAUCUCGAGCACAAACCUUCUACUGUGCCUCGUCAGAUCGCAGUCAGCAGCACGCCAAAUAGAGUCGUCUAUGCUGAAGCAUUGAGACAGCUCGUGUGCUGCGGUUUGGUCGCAGAGGCACGCAAAUUUCCAUCAUCAAGACCACAAUCAGCACCGGAAGAAAAGCGUCAGAUCUGGCCUCGACUGGAAUUCAUUCCAGCCAAAGGCAGCAUGCCAACUUACAUUCAUGACAUGCAGCCGGGAGAGCGCGUGAGUGCAAUCUUACCGUGGUCGUUACGUGCCUCGACAGACAAAACUUACGCGCAUAUCUUGGUUGGAGGUAGUUACAUGCGCACCAAUGGAAAGCGGAGAGGCAAAGUCACAUUUCUUCAACCCGUGGUGACAAAGUCUCAAACUUGGGAAAUAUCAGAGAUCAGAGAAGCUCGUGCUACCGUUUUUGAUGAGGAGGUCUACUCGUUGGCCCUCUACGAUGAUACCACAUAUAUUGCGUGCACCGGAGACAGCAUACAUAUUCAGCGCUUAUCGGUGGAAGAAAGUAGGUGGGACAAGAUCUGCCCUCCAUUCAAGAUGGCCAGCCCUGGUGUCCACGUCACUGUCGAAAAGGACAGCAAUGGCGAAAAGGUCAUCGUCAUUGCGACAAAUGCCGACUCACUCAUUGCAUUGAAGCUGCUCGAGACUCGAGAGGAAGAUGGCACGACCAAGUGUUCUCUGUCGCCGGUGGCAAUGGGCCCGCAAGCAGACCUGUUGAUCAGCCACCUUAUCGUGCCCACACCGGAACAGAGUGAAGAUAAGACAUCGCUCUUCUCACUGGCAAGCUCAAAGUACGGGCGGCUCAUCGGCAUGAUGCUCCCGGUUGAAACAAGUACGCAAAGCGCUUCACAGUCAGGCUACAGCUCAGGCACCAUGUGCUUUGAGGCUCAACUCUGGAGAUCAGUAACAAGAAUGGUACGAAACCCACCAGCAAUGCGCAAAGGAGCGGCACCAACAGGUAUCGUCUCCGAGCGCAUGACCGGCUCGGCUACAGAUGGCGCCGUGGUCAAUAUAGCGCUUCUCGAUCCAACACUUUGGCGAAAGCUGUUCUGGUUGCAACGACUCAUCGAACGUAACAAAACGCUGUCACCACGCUGUCACCGCGAUCCGCCUUACAUCUCUGGCGGCGAAGGUAUGACGGGUGAGAGCAGAGCGCUGCCGGUUGGCUUCGGCGGAGAGAUGGCUGUAGCCAUGACCACUAGCAAUAGUAAGCUCAACGACUUCCAUAUCGAUGGCGAUGUUCUUGCUCGAGCUCUUUUACCGGGUGCUCCAGCGGCUAUAAAGCAAGUCCUGGUCGAUCUUUCCGAGAAGGAGGAUGCCGUUGGGGAAUGGGUGCGAGCGCACCUCGAGACGGAAGUUGCAGCUGUCGAGGACACCAUCAGGAUGGUGAAGAGGAUUGAUGACUGGAUGUGAAGAGCGCACGAGAGUCGAUGAAGGACCAAGAAAUGAAUCAUGAGCACGAAGUGGAGGACACGGUAAGAUACCCAAUUGAUGAAGCAGGUUUCGCGACGACUAGGAUUGUUUUUGGCAGCAAUUCUCGAUAGACUGAAUUAUCCAUUCUUCCUCCACUCACUAUCCGAUGCAUACAAAGAGAUGUGUCCUUCGAUUGGUGAUAGUAAGCGUCCUUACAAACAGCAAGCAAGCAAGCAGAUCCAGCAACCCCUCAACGCCGCUGGCACCACAAAUGUCCCUCGAGCGAUAAGAAAAGGUUGUUCAGUCUGGGAACAAAAGAUGACCAAACCCCGACAAUGCGAAAGAAAAAGUGAUGCACAGCCAAGCAACGCCUGCGAUACGAGUGUCCCAUUAUUCAAGCUCCGCCAACUCACUCAAAUGCGCCCCGCCACUCGGCGCAUCGACAAUCUUGAUGGAAUGCUUCGAACUCAUCCUCCUCGUCGUCCUCUUCUUGACGACGACAUUGGGUGGAAUCGAAGGUAAAGGACAAGUCGGCGGAGCGGCCGAAGGCGGAGGGAAAAGCGGGUUAGAGGUCGUGGUCAAAGGCGUAGUAGUGCGUCUCGUCGGCGGCAUGGAAGCGACGUGUCGAAGGGGUGUCGUCCUGCGUGCAGAGAUUGGGGGUUCGGAUGGAGGGAUAGGGAUCAUGCUCUGCGGGGUUUCAGCGCCUUGACGUUGGCAGGGAAGGUUUGCGUCUGUGGCGGCGAUGUCCAGGCUUCGAGUGUCGCGGUAGUCUUUUGUCGGG